CCCCACCUCCCCCCCUCCGUAAAGCCGUUUUUAAUGAUGGCAGUGGAAGGUGUUUCUGGAAAAAAUGAAGUGCGGUUUGGUUUCCUUGUCAACGGAAGAUGAAGUCAACAACUGAGCUGAGCAUCUCCCAGUGCAGCCUCUGCCCUCUUCAGCCUGCCUUAGAUUCAGCUGGAGAAGCACAUUGAAGCAUUUGUUUUGAAAAACAAACUUGGAUUUUAAAAUGACAACAUGGACUUCCCAAACGUAUAAGAAAAAAAAAGGCCUUGAGGAAGAUACGUUAUCUGACAGAAAGGCUCACGGCCUCAGAGACAGACUGAAGACGCUAAACAUGAGAAUACUAGGAAAGAAGUUGGCCUGUUCUAUAGGGUUAAAGCACCGUGAGCCAACCAUGACUGGUAAAACCCAGACCAGCAACGUCACCAACAAGAAUGACCCCAAGUCCAUCAACUCCCGCGUUUUCAUUGGCAACUUGAACACAGCCAUUGUCAAGAAAGGUGACAUAGAAGCCAUCUUUGCGAAAUACGGGAAAAUCGUUGGCUGCUCGGUGCACAAAGGUUAUGCGUUUGUCCAGUACAUGAGUGAGAGGCAUGCGAGAGCUGCAGUGGCAGGAGAAAAUGCCAGGAUCAUUGCAGGCCAGCCACUGGAUAUCAACAUGGCUGGAGAACCGAAACCUUACAGACCUAAACCUGGGAACAAGAGGCCCCUUUCAGCUCUCUACAGACUUGAAUCCAAGGAGCCCUUCCUGUCAGUAGGUGGUUAUGUUUUUGAUUAUGAUUACUACAGGGAUGAUUUCUACAACCGGUUGUUUGAUUAUCAUGGCCGUGUGCCCCCACCACCCCGGGCAGUGAUACCACUGAAGCGCCCCCGUGUGACUGUGACAGCAACUCGUCGAGGAAAGGGCAUUUUUUCCAUGAAAGGUGGUUCGAGAUCUACAUCCAGUGGAGCCUCUUCUUCUGGUUCUAAAUUGAAAUCAGAUGAGUUACAGACAAUCAAGAAAGAAUUAACCCAAAUCAAAACGAAAAUUGAUUCCUUGCUAGGGAGACUGGAGAAGAUUGAAAAGCAGCAGAAAGCUGAUUCAGAAGCUCAAAAGAAGCAAAUGGAAGAUAAUGCAGAAUUGAUCCAGGAAGAAUGUGUGUCAGAGAAUGCAGAUAACUCCACAGAAGAGCCUGCCGAAGGAGGGGCAGAUGCAGAUGGAGAAGAAAUGACUGAUGGGAUAGAAGAGGAUUUUGAUGAAGAUGGAAGUAAUGAGCUGAUGGAGAACCAUGUGUCAGACAUAGAGGACACCAGUAACUGAAAUACUCAGAGCUCAGUUUCUACAGAUAAAGUGAUCCGAAGUCACGUGUGAUGCCUGUGUAAGAUGCAAAGCGAAACUGUGACAACCCCCGAAAUGUGAACUGCAGUUUCCAAAUGGAUAGUAUCAUCCUUGAUUCAAUUUGUUUAAAAUCCCAAGUAAAUCAUAAGGACAGUAUUGUUCAAUCUUAGACAUUCUUCUAUGUUCUGAGCUUUUUGAUUGUCAGAUUUUUAUGGUUUAGAUUGUAAAUGUGUGUUUUUUUUUCCUGGCUAUUGAUUUUUUUUGAUGUUUUAAAAGCCAGUGUACUGUAUGAUAAUGUGAAGGACAUAUGUACAAGGUGAGGGAGACACUGUAUACAAAUGUAUAUUUGUAAAAGCUAUUUUUAUGAUUAGCAUGUUUGACUGUUUAUCAUAUUUAAAGUCAGGUGAUAUCACACUUAUGUUUACACAGCUUAAUUCCAACAGUAUCAUGCUAUGAUCAAACAAGUAUGGUAUUUCUCAUUACCUUUGCUUAUUAAACUCAUAGUUUAAGGUUCAGUUUUUAGGGAUAAUCUGAAGUGCAGCAUUACAUUUCUGCUCUAUCUUCACCGUUGGUACUGAUGAAAAGUGCAAACAUUUCAGACAUGCAGAACAUCUGUCAGUCCGGCCUAUGAUUUUCAAAUAAGCAAACUCAGUACUGCUCCUGAGGAACAUCCCAUUUAUUCCAAAGCAUACUGAUGAAUGAAACUCUGUAAGUGACAGAAUCAUGUUGACAAUUUCCCAUUAGCAGUGAGGAUGACCUCCAGAUUGUAUUUCAGAUAAAAUGAUUUCUCUUUGCCCAACACCAAUUUAAAUUUGAUUACAAAUUACUUCAUUUGUUCUUCAGACUACAAGAAGCCCCCAGUCCUGAGCAUGGUCUCCAAAUGCUGUAGCUGUUGUCUUGUGCUGUGAAAACGGAAAAAAGUCUGUCUUCACAGAGGCCGUAGAAGAAUUCAGUAUAUAAUUUCUUAAUAAAUCCUGUUUUUCUUUUCAGAGUGA